CGCGCACACACAAACACAAAUACACAGUAAUAGACAAGCUGCAGCCUCGCCUCCAUUUUGCGUGUCAUUUUUUACCAACGUCCAGUUUUAAAGGUGGAAAACAGUCUCCUUUUCCCUACAAUGGACGGCAUCGCUAGUGAUGUUGCAGUAGGUGUAAAGAGAAGUUCAGAUGAUCUGCUUUCUGGCAGUCUUUACAGUAGUCCGAACACUUCAGUUAAGGCUAAUGGAAGUGACAGCAAAAAACUGAGAGUGGAAGACAGCAUGGACAACCCACCCUCCAGAGUUAUUCACAUCCGCAAACUUCCAAACGAGGUUUCUGAGACUGAAGUCAUCGCCUUGGGCCUGCCCUUUGGGAAAGUCACCAAUAUCCUGAUGCUGAAAGGCAAAAAUCAGGCUUUUUUGGAGCUUGGAACUGAGGAAGCAGCUAUAACCAUGGUGAACUACUACUCAGCUGUGACCCCUCAAGUGCGAAAUGUUCCUGUGUGUAUCCAGUUUUCCAACCACAAAGAGCUCAAAACCGACAGUGCACUCAAUCAGCGUGCUCAGGCCGUUCUGCAGGCAGUGUGUGCCGUUCAAGAGGGAGGUUCUCCAAGCUCAGACUCCGCAGGAGAGAGUGUAUUAAUACCUCCGCCAAGUCCAGUCUUGCGCAUCAUCAUCGAUAACAUGUUCUACCCGGUAACUCUAGACGUCCUGCAGCAGAUCUUCUCCAAGUUUGGGACAGUGAUGAAGAUAAUCACAUUCACUAAAAAUAAUCAAUUCCAAGCGCUGCUGCAAUUCAGUGAUCCUGUAAAUGCUCAACAGGCCAAAUUGUCUUUGGAUGGACAGAACAUCUAUAACUCUUGCUGCACACUGCGGAUCGACUUCUCCAAACUGGUCAACUUAAAUGUGAAGUACAACAACGAUAAAAGUCGAGAUUACACAAGACCCGAGCUGCCUGCAGCAGACGGCCAGCCUUCUGUAGAUCCAUCGAUGGCCGCUGCACUUGGCAAGGACUCUACAUCCCUUCUUGGGUCGAUCAGUCCUCUAAGUGCAGCAGCAGCGGCGGCGGCAGCAGCUGGGAGAGUGGCUCUGUCAGGACACUCAGCGGCUGGUGCAGUGCUGCUGGCCAGCAAUCUCAAUGAUGAGAUGGUUACGCCCCAAAGUCUCUUUACCCUCUUCGGUGUGUAUGGAGAUGUUCAACGAGUCAAAAUCCUCUACAACAAGAAGGACAGCGCCCUCAUCCAGAUGACAGACGGAAAUCAGGCGCAGUUGGCCAUGAGCCACUUGAAUGGGCAGAAGAUGUUUGGCAAGAUCAUCCGUGUGACCCUUUCCAAACACCAGACAGUGCAGCUUCCUCGAGAAGGCUUGGAUGACCAGGGCCUCACUAAAGACUUCAUCAAUUCACUUCACCGUUUUAAAAAGCCCGGCUCAAAGAAUUUCCAGAACAUAUUUCCUCCCUCGGCCACGCUGCACCUCUCCAACAUCCCCGACAAGGUGAAUGAAGAGGACCUGAGACUACUUUUCUCCAACUCUGGAGGCACUGUGAAGGCCUUUAAAUUCUUUCAAGAUCGCAAGAUGGCUCUGCUCCAGAUGUCAACUGUGGAGGAGGCCAUCCAAGCACUGAUCGACCUUCACAGCUACGAUAUGGGCCGUGGUCAUCGCCUCAGAGUCUCCUUUUCCAAAUCCACCAUCUGAUGAGGCAGUGUAGCCUGCACCCUUUUCACAUCCCCUACUUCCUCUGGAGUGUUGAGCAACAUUAGAUCAGUCAUUCCUGAAGACCGUAUUAAAAACAUGCUCCAUUGCUCUCUUUUUUUUCCCUCAGUAUUUUUCUUCCCACAGCAAAAUGUGCCUUACUUUUACAAAACAGGAUAAUCUCACCCCACCACAUUUUCCUCUACAGGUGAUCUAGAAGUGUAGGCACAUUUCUUUGUUUGUGGUAAGGUUUUUUUUUCCACACACCACUUUGCCCUGCUGUUCUGUAGGAUUUUAAAUGUGGUAAUUUAUCUUUUGCAAACCCACAUCGGAGCAUUUUAAAGCCUGCUUUUUAUUGGCUUGCUUUUCGUGUCAGCCAAAUAUCGCUCAGUUAUGAAUCACCUGAAUGUGAGUGGCAUGAUUUGAUGAACAGCCACCUGUUGGCACACAUUUCUGUUUGUAUAUUUGUUCGAUCUGACAGUUUUAAUGCAGUAUAAAAUUGACUGCCGGCGACCCUUUACACACGUGCGCCCUUUUUUUUUUUUUUUUUAUAAUGACUUCUGGCAGUAGUGAGGUCCAGCUGCGUACAGUGGCAUACAACUGAUCAAGUUCCAUUCAGGGUCAUCUUCAGUGAUGAUUACAGACAGCAGACAAGUCUGUUGGUUUAGAUAGGGAUAUUUGUAAUCAGAUGAUCACUAUGAACGCCAUAACCAGCUCUAACAAUGCAACUUGCCCUUGAAAUUAACUUUUUAAUUAAAGAGCAUGGAGGGAUGCCAUUCCUUUGUUUCUGAUCUAUGCUUGUUUUCUGAAGAUAAGUUUUAUUAAGAUAAUGAACCAAACGCUUAGGUUUGUAGAUGCGAUUGGGUUUAAAGAGCACAUCUAAAGAUGGAACAUUUUAAAUAAUAAGGAACAAUUAUACAUUUGACUAAUUUUACCUUGCAAACACUUUGCUAAUUAGCUUCUGUUAAGUGUACUGCUACCCAAUUAACAACGAGUUGAUUAAAAUAUAAAUACAUGAAAAACGUUCCAAGCAGUGCCGCUUAGUUUCGGGCUGAGAUGACCUUGAAAUUCCUCAGUAGAUCAGUUCCAUCUGAGAUCAUGGCUUGUACCCACGCAGACCUAGCACUUGCACUGGACACCCACUCUUGUCAAAGUUUUGAAAACAAAAAGAAUUCUCUAAAAUCUUCAUGAAAGAUUUAAUUUUGAUGUAUUUGUGUAAAUUGUGGUAAUCAUAUGGUCCUUGAAAAAAAUUUUUGUCAAACAUUUUGUUUGCUAUCGACUGAAUUUAACUGCGCCUCAGUUCUUUACAUUUUUCAGGGGGAGGGGGCAUUUGAGCUCUAUUCGAAAUGGUUUGAUUUACAUGCAUUCAUUUUGGGAUUUUCUCAACCAGCUUCUUAUCAGAGCUCUUCACUGCUUUUCCUAAAUUCUUUGAAAAUUUGUUAAAAAUGACAAAAUAUACAAAGCUGUUCAUCCUUUGGAGUAGUAGAGUAGCUCAACCAUUAGGACCAAAGCUGGCGUGCCUUUUUUAGUCGACCCCCACCUCCUGCAUGAUAUCUGGCUAUUUCAUUUAAAAGUUAAAUUCAAACUAAUUAUAGAAAGAAAUGUAUCAGCCAAUGAAAAACAUUUGUGUGAAAUCUUCAUUUUUUUUUUUUUUUUCUUUUCUUCGAACUCGGGAGGUAAUUUGUAAAUUUAAUUCACGUUAUAAGUGUAAAGAAGCUGUGGUCUGAGGUUAAAAAUCAUGGAAGGGCUGUGUAUAUUUUCUACAUAGGUUUUACAUCUGUACAAAUUUCAGUGUGAUUUGGAAGUGGUGCGAUUAAAAUUCUUUUUGUCUACCAGG